CAGAGUCUAGUUUGAGUUCAUUAGGUGGGAUCUACUUAUGUCAACAUAAUUCAAGCUCAGAUCUAGUUAGGGGCUCGUGCCCGACGGGUUGUCUAACUUCGGCUACGGGUCGGUUCCUACCCAAAACCCUAGGGUUCCUGGCGACCAUAUAUACUAAGCUCGAAAGACUUCGCCGCCUGCUCCUAUCGUCCUCCUCGCGCUCUCGCCUUCGCUCAGGCUAUUUCCUUGUUCUAUACGCUGCUGUCCAACCAAAUUCACCAACAAGAUGCAGAACGAGGAGGGCAAGAUGAUGGAUUUGUACAUCCCGAGGAAAUGUUCGGCAACAAAUAGGCUUAUCACUGCGAAGGACCAUGCAUCAGUUCAGAUUAACAUAGGACAUUUGGAUGAGAGUGGGGUGUACACUGGCCAGUUUACUACUUUUGCACUCAGCGGCUUCAUCCGCGCUCAGGGAGAUGCUGACGGUGCUCUGGAUAGACUUUGGCAGAAGAAGAAAGAUGAAGUCAGGCAGCAAUAGACAAUUGCUACUUCUAGGCAUGGUUGUUUAGCGCGUUUUUUUGUUACGAAAAGGAUUUGAGUGCUUUUUAGUUAGGCUACUGGCAUGUGGUGCGCUCUAAAUUUCAUUUUGCAUGUCAAUUGACAUCUACAAAUAUUGAUUGCUGUUGGAUCCUUUUAAAACCCUGCAACUAUCAGUAUUUUUCAGACUUGUGAUUGGUGCUGUGAUUAUUUUCAUUUCAGGACAUA